AUGCUCCUCGAAUUGCGAUUCGUUACAGUUUUGGCAGGACUCAAACUGUUCACCGACUCGAGUGCACCAAAAGAUUUUGAUGAGCAUGGCGGCUCUUCUGGGAUGGGUUCGGGGAUGUUGAUACCGAGUUUUGAGCAGGCAUGUGACCCGGAGGAUGGGGAGGAAGCGGAUGAAUUAGAAGCUGAUGGGAUGGUUUCUAGACUUGUUGAUUCCAAGUUCGCACAGUCCGGAAGGUUUUUUGAUAUAAAAUUUUGGAAAUUGAUGUUCUCAGCAGAGCUGUGUGGAAGAAGUAAAGACGGAAACACUUCUCUUUGGACACCAUGCUUCUUCCGCUCUUCUUCGAUUCGAGUCUCCACUUCGAAAGCAAUUGGAUCUGGUAGUUUCAUCGAAGGGGUCCGGGGUGGCAACGGUGGUGGACAUCGUGGCAUUGGGGCGACCAUUGUGAAUGGGCUUACCAGCGGAGACUGCAGUACCGGUGAAGUCACCGGAGCACGAGAUGGUAUUGGCGGUGGGAUGCGAGUGCUGGGUGAGAUUCCAGAACAACUGCUGUCUGUAGGACUCCAUGUCGAGGAGCGGUGUCUAGUGUCAUCAGAUGCUGGGAUGUUCACUCUCAUUGGGGUGAUGGUGGCAUCGACAGCGGAAGCGGAUGGACUGAUGGGUGACGUUGCAAAACCAGUGUCGGAUCUUGGUGCAGCACACGAACUCAUUGUGUCAGACGCCUUGACGACCUGGAAAAUGUAUAUUGGGAAUGGCGUUGGAGUCAAAAACCAGUUUCUAACUUACCACUGUCUCGUUUUUCACUAUCAUUUUGUGGUGCCAAGAGUGUAG